GUUGCUGUCCUAUCGUGUCCUCUCCGGGCCUCCGUACUGCGCCGUGUUGUCAGUGGAGAGCGGCGGCAGCGGCGGCGGAUGGGAAGCUGAUGGGGCUGACAGGAAAAGGUUUGUGUCUCACAGAUUAAUAAAAAGAUAGCAAUGCAUCAUGGAAACGGACCCCCAAAUACUCCACGUCAACUCCAAAGGUCUAGAUCCUUCACUGGCAAUGAAACGGAAGAAACACCUAUGCAGAUAAGUCUACCCCAAUCUCCUGCUCCAACAUUUACACCGGCAGUCAGUUCACCUGGACCUCAGUCUCCAAGUUACCAAAUACAGCAGCUUAUAAUGAGCCGGAAUCCAGUUACUGGUCCGAAUGUUAAUAUUACGCUGCAGAAUGUGGGGCCAGUGGUGGCAGGAAAUCAGCAGAUAACCCUGACUCCAUUGCCGCUCCCCAAUCCUGCCUCACCGGGGUUCCAAUUCAGCUCCCAGCCAAGAAGAUUUGAGCAUGGAUCUCCAUCCUAUAUCCAGGUUACCUCUCCAAUGUCUCAGCAAGUCCAAACGCAAAGCCCUACACAACCCAGUGCUGUGCCAAUUCAAGCAUUGCAGAGUGUUAGGGCAGGGACAGCAGGUGCUAGCUUGGGUAUGUGCAGCCAAAGCCCCACACGUGGUUUUGUGGAUGCCAGUGUACUUGUGAGACAGAUCAGUUUGAGUCCAUCAAAUGGUGGACAUUUUGUUUUUCAAGAGGGAUCUGGUAUUGCACAGAUUACGCAGGGAGCUACAGCACAGGUUCAAAUUCCAUCAGGAGCUGCACAGGCCAGCAUGAGGGAGCGCAGACUUUCACAGCCUCAUUCUCAAACAGGUGGUACAAUUCAUCAUCUUGGACCCCAAAGUCCAGUGGCAAGUGGAGCAAAUAUGCAGACUCUUACUACGCCCAGUCACAUUACAACCACCAAUUUACCCCCACAGAUAAGCAGUAUUAUCCAAGGUCAGUUAAUCCAGCAACAACAAGUACUUCACAGUCAACAGCUUGGCAGAACAAUAGGUUUUGACCGGACUUCUGGAGGAAUGAUAGCUGGGGUAGCAGGAGCUCCAACAUUUGGGAUGACAUCACCACCUACUCCAACUAGUCCAUCCCGAGCCACUGGCCCCCAGGGACUUUCGAGUCUUCCUCUUACCCCAACAGUGAGUACCACUAUUAAAAAACAAAGUAAAAAGCUGGAGGAGAUUCCCCCUGCAUCACAAGAAGAUGCUCGAAUGCGGAAGCAGUGUUUGGAACAUCACCAUAAAACCAUGAAAACCCUGAAGGAAAACUUCAGAGAGUACCUGAUUGAGCUGUUUUUCUUACAACACUUUCAAGGGAACAUGAUGGAUUUCUUGGCAUUCAAGAAGAAGCCAACCAUGGGUCUUCAGGGCUACUUACGACAGAGUGAUUUGGAUCUAGAAGAAGAAGAGGAGGAAGAACAAUCAGAGGUUAUAAAUGAUGAGGUAAAGAUUGUGACAGGAAAAGAUGGGCAGACUGGUACUCCUGUUGCUAUAGCAACCCAGCUUCCUCCUAAUGUUUCUGCUGCUUUUUCAUCACAGCAGCAGCCAUUCCAGCAAUCUCUUUCUGGAGGUGGAGCAGUUGGAACAGCAAAUACAAUAGAUAUUGAAGCUUUUAAAAGACAGCAAGCUCUUACCCAAGCAGAUCCCAGUAAACGGCCACGGCUUGAUGUGGCUCGCCAUGGUAUGGUGUUCCAGCACCCAGGGGUGGCUUCGGGUGUUCCUCUUCAGCAACUCAUGCCCACUGCACAAGGAGGGAUGCCUCCUACCCCACAGACUGUACAGCUCACUGGACAGAAACAAAAUCAUCAGCAGUAUGACCCGUCCAAAGGGCCUCCUGUGCAGAAUGCCGCCAGCUUGCAUACCCCACCUCCACAGCUGCCUGGAAGGGUGCCAACUAAUAAUAUACCCAUCUCAUCUCUGCCUUCUGCUCUACACAUUGUACAGCAACAGCAGCAAAUGGCAGAUGGGCAAAUCCAGUCUCAGAUUCAGGUGCAAGUAAAAGCACAGCCUCCUGGAGUUGCUAUCUCAGCAUCUCCACAGAAUCAGCUUCCCUCCCAGAUCCCACAAUCUCUGCAGCCAGCUUUCCACACACAGCUGCCCAUCACAGUCUCUCAGCCACAAGCCACACUUCAGCAACAGACUGUCACACUAGUUAGACCAGCUGCAGAGUGCCCACAGCAACGCCUUACAGUCCAUCCACAUUCCAACUCUUUUGUGGCUCCAGCGGCUAUUUCCACGGUUACUCCACUGGCAUCGUUCUCACUGCCCUCAAGCAGAGCUAACAAUGCCUCAACCAAGGCUUUAUCAUCCACAAUUUCCAAAGCUUCAGGGUCAGCAGGAACUGGUGGCACCAAAGCUCAAACUCCAGUACAGAGUGCAUCUGGCCUACCGUCAGAGAACUUACAGGAUAAGUUGGCUGAACAGGUAAAAUUGGAAAAUCAUGUGCAACAACGUAUUGCAGAACUGCGGAAAGAAGGAUUGUGGUCUCUGAGACGUCUACCAAAAUUGCAGGAGGCAUCCAGACCAAAAUCACACUGGGAUUAUCUGCUGGAAGAGAUGAAGUGGAUGGCUGCAGACUUUGCUCAAGAGCGGAUCUGGAAAGUUGCCAGUGCUAAGAAGUUAGUCAGAACGGCAGCUCGUUACCAUGAAGAAAAAAGGGUGAAUAAUGAACGACUAAAGAGGGAAGAGGAAAAUAAACUAAAGCGCAUAGCGGCAUCAAUUGCGAGAGAAAUUGAGUACUUCUGGUCCAAUAUUGAACAGGUUGUAGAAAUCAAGUUACAAAUGGAGUUUCAAGAAAAACGAAGGAAAGCUCUCAAUUUAAAUGUGGACUCCAUGAGAGGGCCACUUAAGACAAUUGAGGAGGCAUGUGUGAAGCAUGAACAGGGAAGCAAUAAGAGUUCACCAACUUGGAGAAAGAGAAAAGCAAGUUCAUCCUGGACUGAUGGUGAAGACGAAGAAGAAACCAUAGCAGAGCAAGAGUUUAAAGAAGGGAUUGUUGACCAUCAGGCUGAGUUGUCUGAGUUAGCACGAGAAGCGGAUCUGCCUCUUGAUGAUUUAGUAAAGCAGUAUGAGGGGGCUUAUGAAGAGAAUUUUCACUGGCCACAUACAUUCUUGAAAACUGAAGGGAAGCAUGCCAACAAAGAACUGGAAGAGCCAACAACAGAGUCAGACAGUUCUUUAAAACCUACUGUGCUUAUUGACUCCAUUCUCUGUGCUGACCAGUACAGAACAUAUGAUAGAGCAUCUGGACACUUAAUAUCUGGACACUUAACACCCAGGAAGCAGACCAAAGAUAUUUGUGAAGUGUCAAGAGCUGCUGAACUACUUCUUCCAAGUGGCACUGCCCGUGUCACACCUACUAUAAAAACAAGUCCGCCAACUUUGCUCCACGGAAACCUCCGAGAUUACCAACAUGUAGGUCUGGACUGGUUAGCGAAACUCUACAAGCAGAACCUUAAUGGAAUUUUGGCUGAUGAAGGAGGACUUGGGAAAAACGUUCAGGUUAUAGCUCUAAUGGCGCACUUGGCCUGUAAAGAAGGAAACUGGGGCCCACACCUCUUCAUAGUGCGCAGUUGUAAGAUUCUGAAGUGGGAGCUAGAAUUUAAGCGAUGGUGCCCUGGGAUAAAACUCCUGCUAUAUUUUGGUAGGCAGACAGAACUCAGGAAAAAGAGACAGAAAUGGGAGGAACCGAACAGCUUUAAUGUGUGCAUCACCUCAUAUAAGCAGCUGUUUAAGGGCCACCAAGCCUUCAUGAAAAUGAGGUGGAAGUAUCUUGUCAUGGAUGAAGUUCAUCAGAUCAAAAAUAUGACCGAGAAGCAUUGGGAUGCCGUAUUCAAUCUACCAAGUCAGAAUCGGCUGCUGCUCAGAGACACUCCCCUGCAGAACACGUGGAGGGACCACUGGACUAUGCUGCACUUUCUAAUACCAGGAUUAUCUAAGGAGUAUCUUGAUUUCCCUGUUAAAGGCGGUGUAGAGGAAAAUCAAGAAAACUGUCACAAGAUGUUUAUAAUGUUACACAGGACAGUCCGUCCCUUCAUUUUACGGAGAUCAAAAAGAGAAGUGGAUAAACAGCUCACCAAAAAAUAUGACCAUGUAUUGAAAUGUCGACUUUCCAAUCGUCAGAAGGCUUUGUAUGAGGAUGUAAUUCUACAAACUGGGACUCAAGAUGCUCUGAAAGGUGGCCAUUUUGUCAGCGUUCUCCAUGUUUUGGUGCAGUUGCAGAGGAUUUGUAACCAUCCAGAGCUGGUGGAUCCACGUCCUGAACAUUCCUCCUACGUGUUGGAAACCCUGAAGUAUAAAUCGGCAUCUCUAGUACUGAGGGCACUCGAAUAUGACCCUUGGAAGAGUGCAGACCUGUCUCUGUUUGAUCUGGUUGGGCUGGAAAAUAAAAUGACCCGUUACGAAGCUCAGGUUUUGCCUGGACAAAAAGUGACCAGGAAGCUGAUUGAGGAGAUUUAUAAUUCACCUGACCCUGCUCCUCGUCCCAAUUCCAUGAAAAUUAAGCCCAGCAGACUGUUUCUGCCGAUCCUUUAUGGCCAAAAGCCAGAGGGACGAACUGUUACCUUUCCUAGCACACCAGCAUCCCGCAUGGUGACCACAACCACAGCCACCGUCACACAGCAAGGACAAGCACGAGGACGCUCUCCACUGACAACAGCCUCUGCUACUCAGAGUGGAGAUGUGGUUAAAAUUGGUCAGUUAGCUGCUGGUGGAGCCCAAGGGAGGAUCGCACAACCCAAAACACCAGUUACCUUGCAAUUCCAGGGAAAUACAUUUACCUUGUCUCAGAGCCAGCUACGUCAGCUCACUGCAGGCCAGCCGCUGCAACUUCAAGGAAGUGUCCUCCAGAUUGUGUCAGCACCUGGACAACAGUACCUGCGGCCACCUGGACCAGUUGUAAUGCAAACAGUAACUCCAGGAGUCCCCAUCCAAAAUGCAAUGAAUUCUAUUGGAAACCAGCAUUCAUCUACACUUCCUAGUGUUCCUGCCUCUCCUCAGACAGGAAUACAAGGUAGAAAUCUACUGUCCCAUUCUGGGUGUGUGGAGCCUGCAGUUGGCCUGAAGUCUUCACCAAACCCAGCAGUGCUAGCGCAGGAAGUAGCAGAAGAUAAGCCACGCGGGUUGAAGGAGCGCCUGGACCACCUUUUCACCUGUAACGAACGGCGCUGCACACAGGCCCCGCUGUAUGGCUCAGAUUUGCUGUCACUUUUCUCGCUGGACUCUGCUGGUUUUCGACAUAACAUGGGCAACAGCCAUUGGCGCUGGGCUGGCUAUGCAAACUGCCUUUUAUCUUCCCGCUGUCCUGAGAAUUCUAGAAAUCCACUGAGGCACCUUAUAUUGUCCCCUGAACAGCAGAAAACUGUCCUGGAAUAUCACGCUAGAAGGUCACAGUGUGUAGUGCCAGCUGUUGUUGCUGCUCCCCCAGCACUGGUAGUGCCCCAUCCUCCUCCUCCUUACACUCAUAAUAUAAAGAUCCUGAGUCAUUGCCUGAGAGAGAAGGCAGCCCCAUAUCUAAAGGACCUACGAGAGAAGACAUCCCCUUACUGUGUGCAGUUCCCUGACCUGCAGCUUAUCCAGUGUGAUUCAGGGAAGCUGGAGGCUCUGGUCAUCCUUCUCCGGAAACUGAGGUCUGAAGGUCGACGUGUUCUGAUUUUCUCCCAGAUGCUGCAUAUGUUGGACCUAUUGGAAGUGUUCUUGGACUCAUAUUCCUUGACUUUCCUGAGGAUCGAUGAGAAUGCAAGCUAUGAACAGUGCCAUGAUUUAAUGAAGAGCUUUAAUCAAGACCCCAGAAUUUUCUGUGUCCUAAUAUCUACUCACAGCUGCUCUCUUGGGGUUCCCUAUGUGGAAGCUGACACAGCUAUAUUUUAUGACAAUGACUUAAACCCUGUGAUGGACUCUAGAUCCCAGGCAUGGUGCGAUCGCAUCGGUAAAAGUAAAGACAUCCACAUCUAUAGACUUGUAAGUGGAAACUCCAUUGAAGAGAAGUUGCUGAAGAAUGGCACCAAAGAUUUGAUAAGAGAAGUUGCCGCCCAGGGGACUGACUUUUCAAUGGCUUUCUUAACUCAGCAAACUAUACAUGAGCUGUUUGAACUUUAUUCACCUCUGGAAGAUUCAGGAUUUGGGGCAAAAGCUGAAGAAUUUGUAAUGCUUUCUCAAGAACCACCUCCAACAGAAACAAUAGCUACCAAGUUUGCCAAACCUUUUAUAGAGGCUUUAAAAAGCAUUGAACAUGGAGGAGAAAUGGAGGAAGAUUCUCUGGCACCAGUCACAAAUGGAGAGCAAGACAAUCACACAGAGCUAACUGACAGUGGCUACUAUGAUGAGGAAACGUCUGAACUAAAUGAACUUGCUGAAGUGGUGAAGCAGCUAACACCCAUUGAAAAGUACGCUUUGAAUUAUCUGGAGGAAUUCUACACAUCGGGCACCUGGGGCAAGAAGGAGAUCAUAGAGCAGCUAAAAACGACAAAGAAAAAAUGGGAAAUUCAGCAGCUCAAAGAAAAAAUUGAGUGGGAAGAGAAAAUAGCAUUGGAGGAAACAGAAGAGGAACUUUUGACCUACACAAGAGAAGAUGCCUAUAAUGAGGAAUUUGUCUACAACAGUCCAGAUGGGCAGACAGAAAUCAUGCCAAUAUGGACACCACCCACUCCUCCUCAAGAUGAAAAUGAUAUCUACAUAGACUCGGUGAUGUGCCUGAUGUAUGACACCAACCCUAUCCCUGAGUCUAAGCUGCCUCCAAUCUAUGUGAGAAAGGAACGCAAGAGACACAAGGCAGACCCAGCUGCUGCAGGUCGGAAGAAAAAGCAGAGGCACGGGGAAUCUGUGGUUCCACCUCGCUCUCUGUUUGACAGAGCCACACCGGCCAUGUUGAAAGUGAGAAGAGAAGGCAAGGAGCAGAAGAAGAACAUCCUCCUCAAACAACAAACUCAGUUUGCCAAACCUCUGCCAACCCUGGCUAAGCCGGCUACAGAGUCUGGACCAGAUAACCCAGAAUGGCUUAUCAGCGAGGACUGGGCUCUGCUGCAGGCUGUAAAGCAUCUCUUGGAGCUCCCACUGAAUCUUACAGUUGUUUCACCGGCUCAUACACCCAACUGGGAUCUGGUUAGCGAUGUGGUAAAUUCUUGCAGUCGCAUCUACAGAUCAUCCAAACAGUGCCGCAGUCGGUAUGAGAGUGUCAUCAUUCCAAGAGAGGAAGGGAAGCUCAUGUUUGAAGCUAACCCUAAGAAGAAGACUAAAAGUAUUUAUAAGACAAAAAAUAGCCGUCCUCUGCGGACCAGUCAGAUCUAUGCUCAGGAUGAGGGUGUAACACAUACUCAGUUAUAUACGAAUCGCUUUGAGUUGAUGAAAAUGACUGCAGGAAAGAGGAGCCCACCCAUCAAACCACUGUUGGGAAUGAACCCAUUCCAGAAGAAUCCAAAGCAUGCGUCUGUGCUUGCAGAAAGUGGGAUUAACUAUGACAAACCUCUACCUCCAAUCCAAGUAGCUUGUCUUCGAGCUGAGCGCAUUGCUAAGGAAAAGAAGGCUUUAGUUGAGCAGCACCACAGAGCCCAACAGCAAGCUGGUCCACAGGCCACUCAACAACCACAACAAAAUGGCCAGCAAGUGCAAUCUCCAGUGGUGCAGCCAGCCCAGGCACAGCCUCAACAACAAGUGAUCCAGCAACAGACUGUUCAGCAGCCACAGGUAGUGGUACCUACAGCUGCAACCACCAUACCAACCACUGCCGUCUUGGCUGGAACGAUCAAAACUGCUGUGACAGGUGCAAGUAUACAAGCUGCUACUGUCAGUGGAAACGUUAUUGUAAACACUGUAGCUGGUGUCCCCUCUGCUACGUUCCAGCCCAUUAACAAGCGACUUGCGUCUCCUGUCAUUGCUGGCACGCUGACUACUGCAGGUGGAGCUCCACAAGUUGUCCAUGCACAGCAGAGAGCAGUUGCAGCUUCCGCAACACCAGCAGAAAUGGUGACUAUUUCAACAAGCCAAGGUGUACGUGCAGUGACUCCAGUGACCGGUGGGACUGUGGUUUGCAGCAGCAUUACCCCUGUGCAGACUCAAUCAAGAUCCAUAGUGACCCAAGUGACAACAGCAACAACUGCUGGGGUUCAGCUGGCCGGUAAAACGAUUACCCCAGCCCAGUUCCAGCUUCUCCGACAACAGCAGGCUGCACAGGUGCAGGUUCCUCAGAUCCAGGCUCAAGCACAGUCUCCUGGACAGAUGAAGACUGUUGGCAAAAUAUCCCCGGAGCAGCUGCUCAAGUUACAAAAGCAGAAGAUGCAAUUGCCACAGCAGACAGCACAGCAACAGACUCAACAGGCAGGUCCACCAGCAGCAUCUGUGCAAGGACAGCAGCAGCCACAGCAAACUCAAGCACAGCAGCAAGCUCAACAGCUCACCGCAGUUGCUGCCCCAAGAGCAGGUGCUGUGCUGACAGGUGCCACUGUUGCAAAUCUGCAGGUGGCCCGUUUGCUUCAGGCUCAAGGCCAAAUUCAAGCUCAAGCUGGGCAAACAACACAAGUAGCCCUGGCAAAACCUCCUGUGGUCUCUGCCGUCGUGUCAUCCACGGGGGUCACCACCAUCCCUGUGACAGUGGCAGGAAUCAGCGUAGCAAUUGGCCAACCUCAGAAAGCUGCAACAGGUGGGCAGACAGUAGUUGCUCAGCCCUUGAAUGUACAACAGCUUAUAAAGCUGAAACAGCAGCAGCAACAGAAAGCGCUACAGUCCCAAGCGGCUCCAGGACCAGCCACUGUGCAACAGCAAAAGAUUGCAGCUCAGCAAGUAACUGUCCAGGCCCAGCAGCAGCAACAGCAGCAACAGCAGGGCCAGCAACAGAAGGUGGCAUACACCACUCAACCAGCCAUUAAAACUCAGUUCCUUACCACCCCAAUUAACCAGGCACAAAAAUCUCCUGGAGCCCAACAAGUGCAGGCACAGAUUCAGGUACAGGUGGCAAAGCUCCCUCAAGUGGUGCAGCAGCAGGCAGCUGUAGCCAGUAUUCAGCAGAUGGUACCAGUCUCCCAGCAGGUUCAGCCACAAGCUGUUACACUGACACAGGCAACAUCCUCGGGACAGCAGCAGGUUCAGGUGAUAUCAACUGGAUCCGCAGGAGCACAGGUUGUACAACAGAAACUGCUCCAGCAGCAAGUGGUGACAGCAGCUUCUCCUCAGAUGCAGGCACCUGUCAACCAAACCACUCCACCAGUGUCAGUAACGCCGGAGGCACAGAAUCAGCCAGCAAAGAUACAAGUCCGAACCCCUACCGUCAGGAUCAAAGCACCUACUAAACCCAGCUGAAAUUCUUUAAGAAAGUUAAAGUAAUGUGCAUGUUUGCACUUUUCUCAUAAACUUUCAUAAAAAAAGCAACUCCAAGGAACUGUUGGUGUUGUGUAAGUCAUGCAAACAUCUAGUCUAUCAGAGUUAAGUACAUAAAAGUAAAAUUGUGUUAAUGUAAAAAAAAUUGGGGGAAAGAAUUGCGAAGGUUUUAUUUCAACCACCAGAGACUGUGCAAGUACAAUUUAUGGAAUUAUGUGUCCGUAAUUUUAAGAAGUGUAAUUACAUCCAGCAUUUUUCACACCAUGUUAUUUCCUCUAGAUAUUACAUCACAAGAAUCUGCUUGCAAUUCGGAAAAAAAUAAUGAAGAUCACACUCUAGCAUAGGUUACUUUUUAUAUUUUAUUUACAUUUAGAAAACAUAAUAAUAUGUGAGACAGAGUUCUUUUCUCUGACAUACACCGGUUUUGUACCAAUGACAAAUAAGAACAAAACCCUUUGGAUUUAUUCAGCUAACUUUAUAUAUAUUUAUAUUCAACAUAUACAGCAUAUACAUUUAACUGAUAUUUAAAUGUGUACAACAAUAAUAUUUCAAACUGUGCCAGAGUCCUUUUUAAGUAAGAAAUACUAUGGCUGGCAAGGUAUUGUACCCAAUAUUUUGCAACCAAUUUGUGUUAAAAAGAGUAAAAUGCUGAUGUGCCAGUAAAUGUUAUACACACAAAAAAAGACCUAGUUACAAAAUAUAUAAUGACCCAGCACUGAGCAAUUACAGGAUAGUGUUGUGGAUGGAUAAAAAACUAAACUGGAGUUUAUAUAUAGUGUCGGCAUCAUUGUUUGGUACUUAAAGGGACACUAUAGUCACCAAAACAACUUUAGUUUAAUGAAUCAGGGUGUAUAGAUCAUGCCCCUGAAGUCUUACUACUCAAUUCUCUGCCAUUUAGUUGUUAAAUCACUUUGUUUAUAUGGUCCUAGUCACACCUCCUUGCCAGUAACGUGCACAGCCUUCAUAAACACUUCCUGUAAAGUGAGAUCUAAUGUUUAAACUUUCAUUACUGCACAGCCUUAUCGUUUAUAAUUCCUAAUCUCCUGCACUGUUAAUAGCUUGCUAGACAUUGCAAAAGACUACUGUGGGUGAUUAAUUAAUUUACAGGGCAGGAGAUGAAAACAUCUAAAGUAAGUUAAUAUCUGAUUGAAAAUCAAACUGUUUGUUUCCAUGCAGGGCUGCAUAAACAGAAACAAAAUGGCAGAGAACUGAGCAGUGAGA